AUGUCGUUUCUUCCUAGGAAGGUUAGCACACGCUUCGUGAAGGAUGAAAUUACAUUCCACACAUCUGUAGCAUGGAUCACCGUUGAUAGCAAGAAUGCAACACCGACAUCGCAUGUUAGCAUCAUCUAUAACAUAAUUCUCAUCCAAUCUGAGAACAUGCUCUUCAUGACUAAAAUGAAUGAUAUCUCCCUUAUCAUUAAUUACCUUGAAAGGAUCUUCGAUUUCUUCUUCUUCCUCGGGCACAUCUUCGAGCUCUAA